UAGGGGAUGUACUUGGCUUUAUCAAUUCAUCCUCAACACCAGUAGUUAAAGAACUAGACAUCUGAGAGCAUAUAUUUCAUUCAUUGCUCAUUUUUACUAGUUUUUGCUUUCAGAUUUGUGGUUCUCGUCCUGUGAAAAUGGGGAAGUUUAAGAAUGCUAGUGUGUUUGGUUUAAUGUUGAUUGUUGUUGUGGUGUUGUGCGCUGGUAACACACAAGGGAGAAAGCUUGAGAAGGAAACGUUUGGAGGUGGAGGAACUGGUGGAGGUGGAGGUGCCGGUGGAGGUGGAGGACUUGGUGGUGGUUCAGGAGGUGGUCUUGGCGGAGGAUUUGGUAAAGGUGGUGGAGUAGGAAUUGGUUCAGGUGGUGGUGCUGGAGGAGGCUUUGGCGGUGGAGCUGGAGGUGGUUCUGGUGGGGGUCUAGGUGGCGGUUCGGGAGGUGGUCUUGGUGGAGGUGCUGGAGGUGGUUCAGGAGGUGGUCUUGGUGGAGGAUAUGGUGGAGGUGCUGGUGGAGGCGGUGGUGCUGGAGGUGGUUCAGGAGGUGGUCUUGGUGGAGGAUAUGGGGGUGGUGCUGGAGGUGGUGCCGGAGGUGGUUCAGGAGGUGGUCUUGGUGGAGGAUAUGGAGGCGGUGCUGGAGGCGGUGCCGGAGGUGGUUCAGGAGGUGGUCUUGGUGGAGGAUACGGAGGCGGUGCUGGAGGUGGUGCCGGCGGUGGUUCAGGAGGUGGUCUUGGUGGAGGAUAUGGGGGUGGUGCUGGUGGAGGCGGUGGUGCCGGGGGAGGACUUGGAGGAGGCGCUGGUAGCGGUGGAGGAUUUGGAGGAGGUGCUGGUGGUGGUGGAUUUUAGACUUCAAAGGGAAGAUUCAUCUUACAGAGAGCGCGCAUCUUAUUAAACUUGCUGCCAAUAUGAAGCAUAGGCAUACUACUAUAUUGUACUCUCUAAACUACAGAGAACAGCAUGCAUUUAUCAAAACUAUCAUGUAUGUUGUUUUUCAUAUCCAAAUAAAAUUAUAGAUUUAUAUAAGUUUUACUAGAUAA